AAUGUUAUGGAUAUAGCUGCUGGCACAGAAGAUGAAGGUGGACGGGGCGAUCAUGUGGCGAGACUGGACACGUCGAGAAUCGAUGGCGAGACGUGCGAUGGAGGGACGAACGCUUCCGGAAGAAGCGCGACUGCAGUAUCGCCAACGGAAUCGAUGGAACAGGAAUGGAAUGGCACGAAUCGUCUGCAGACGAGAGAAGGAGCUGCAGCAAUUGUGCCCGAGCCUGAGCAGGCUGAAUCGGGCAAAGCGAUGGGUUUGGGUGAUGGAAAGCUGAAUUCGGCAGAGGGUAGUGAGCCGGGUGUAAGUGCCACGAGCAGUGGUGCUGCUGGCAUGAUAUCGUCUUCGUUUGGAGAGACGACAGAGGCGGGCUAUGGACGGGAAGGGACGGGGCAGACGGGGAGAGCAGAUCGGGCUGGCCUUUCAGCCAGUCGAGCGGCUGUUGGUGGCACAGCGUCGAAUGCGGCAUCGAAUACGACGAGA